AUGCAACUGCCAGCGGGAUGCCACAUGCAGGCCUUUGCGGAUGAUGUUCUCCUCGUAGUCACCGCUGACAACACUGAAGAACUCCAGGUGGUGUCAAACACCGUCCUGACAAAAAUUAGAAACUGGGGAACAAACGUUAAACUUAGUUUUGGACCAGCUAAAACACAAAUUAUUGCUUUCACGCCGAAGGCCAAGUCUGUGCAGCUCCACAUGGACGGCACAGACUUGGCAUUCGUGCCUGAAAUUAAAUUGCUGGGCAUCAUCAUUGAUGAAAAGCUCUUAUUCAAAAGACACCUAAAAUACGUGCUAGGUAAGGCCUCGCGCAUUUACAACAAACUGUGCAUCUACGCGAGGCCAACCUGGGGCACACACCCCGAAAACACACGCACCAUAUACCUGCAUGUCAUCGAGCCGAUCGUCACCUACGCUGCGGGAAUAUGGGGUCAAGUGGCAAGGCAGAAGAGCGCACGCAAGGAUCUGGCCAGCCUGCAACGAGGCUUCGCGCUAAAGGCCAUCCGCGCCUUCAGGACAGUGUCCACUAACGCUGCACUGGCGCUGGCGCAGCUCAUUCCACUUGACCUCAGAGUCCUCGAGGUACAUCAAAUCGAGCAAACUCGCCUUACCAACACCACUUCCUUUUUGCCAGAAGAUAUUCUGCUGGAGCGACCCACACCUGUACGCGAACUACUGCACCCAGCUUUGAGAAUCACUAAAUCCCAUCUAAACCACCAAGAAACGGACGAAACGCACCAAAUAUAUACCGACGGCAGCAAGCUGGACAGUGGCGCUGUGGGAGCUGCUUUUGUGUGCUUUGACCCAGGUGGCUCAGAACAACCGACCAUAACCAAAAAACUCAAAUUACACGACUCUUGCACGGUCUUCCAGGCUGAGCUCUUCGCCAUCCUGGAGGCCUGCAAAUGGGCGACUCGCAAAUAUCAAAAGACCGUCAUCUACACAGACUCCCAAUCUUCACUACUAGCAAUAGCAGACAGAAGCAACACACAUCCACUCGUCACACAGAUACACAAAAUUAUACACACGCAUCGCGAAACAAAACAGAUCACAUUAAAAUGGGUCAAGGCACACAGGGGCAAUGUCGGCAACGAGGCUGCCGAUGCCGCGGCAAAACUGGCGACUCAGCUUCACAAAACACCUGACUACAGCUCGUUCCCAAUCUCGUAUGUAAAACAUAAGCUCCGCAUGCAUAGCCUGGACCUUUGGCAGGCACGUUAUUCAUCCAGCGAACAAGGACAGUACACCAAAAAUAUUUUUCCAAAUCUUACCGACAUCAAACAAUUCCGAAAACACACAGAAAUUCACUUCCACACAACACAAAUACUCACCAACCACGGCUUCCAUAAAACGUACCUACGUCGAUUCCACAUCACUCCGGACGACUGCUGUCCUUGCAACACCAAUACACCCCAGACAGUGACGCACCUGCUGACAGAUUGUCCGAGGUUCGCUGCGGGGCGAGUGCGCCAUGAGUCGCUGUGCGCGUACUAUGACAUUGACCCGUAUAGCUUGCCAGAACUACUUAAGAAAGAGGAAGCGCUGGCAAGUUAUACGGAGUUCGUGCGUCACAUAUAUUCGGGUCUUAAAGCCUACAAUGGAACCUAA